CGAAAACAUGUGAUGAACCUGCGAAGCCGUGACAAUUUGUCGUUGGUGACAAAUCAGUAAGGUUAGGCACUUUCACUUCGUUCUUGUCGCCCACUCUUUCCUUCUUUCCAAGUGAUUCACACAAACCAAACAUGGCUUCUUCUUCUCUUCUCUCCCUAGCUUCGCACUCUCUCUCUCCCUCUUCUACGCGCGAAAUCCUCAACAAGGGAAAGCCCAAGAUUGGAGGUAGCAAUUUGAGAUUUGACAGAGGACUCAACUUCUUCUCUAAUUCAAGGUCUGGUGGUCGGAUCUCUAUGACUGUUGCGGUUAAUGUUUCUCAGUUUGAAGGCAUUCCUAUGGCUCCUCCUGAUCCAAUUCUUGGAGUUUCCGAGGCAUUUAAAGCCGACACAAGUGAUGUCAAGCUCAAUCUUGGAGUUGGGGCAUACAGAACGGAAGAACUACAGCCAUAUGUGCUUAAUGUUGUUAAAAAGGCAGAGAAUCUUAUGCUGGAGAGAGGGGAUAACAAAGAGUAUCUCCCUAUUGAGGGUUUGGCUGCCUUUAAUAAGGCAACUGCAGAGUUGUUACUCGGAGCAGACAACCCAGCAAUCAAACAGCAAAGAGUUGCCACUGUCCAAGGUCUUUCUGGAACUGGAUCUCUGCGACUAGGUGCAGCUCUGAUAGAACGAUAUUUUCCUGGGGCAAAAGUUUUGAUAUCAGCUCCUACCUGGGGUAACCACAAGAAUAUUUUCAAUGAUGCUAGAGUCCCAUGGUCUGAGUACCGAUAUUACGAUCCCAAGACAGUUGGCUUGGAUUUUGAGGGCAUGAUUGAAGAUAUAAAGUCAGCUCCAGAAGGAUCUUUUGUGGUACUUCAUGGAUGUGCUCAUAACCCUACUGGUAUUGAUCCAACACCUGAACAGUGGGAAAAAAUAGCUGAUGUAAUUCAAGAAAAGAACCACAUUCCCUUUUUUGAUGUUGCUUACCAGGGGUUUGCUAGUGGAAGCCUUGAUGAAGAUGCAGCUUCUGUGAGACUGUUUGUGGCAUGUGGCAUGGAGGUUCUAGUGGCUCAGUCAUACAGCAAAAACCUUGGUCUCUAUGCUGAAAGGAUUGGAGCAAUCAAUGUGAUUUCAUCAUCGCCAGAAUCUGCAGCAAGGGUAAAGAGCCAGUUGAAAAGGCUUGCACGACCAAUGUACUCUAAUCCACCUGUACAUGGAGCUAGGAUUGUUGCUGAUGUUGUUGGGAACCCUGCUCUCUUUAAUGAAUGGAAAGCAGAGAUGGAAAUGAUGGCCGGAAGGAUAAAGAAUGUCAGGCAGCAGCUAUAUGAUAGCAUUACUUCAAAAGACAAGAGUGGAAAAGAUUGGUCAUUCAUACUUAGGCAGAUAGGCAUGUUCUCAUUCACCGGCUUGAACAAGAACCAGAGUGACAACAUGACAAAUAAGUGGCAUGUAUACAUGACAAAGGAUGGAAGGAUUUCCUUGGCAGGAUUGUCGUUGGCCAAAUGUGAAUACCUUGCGGAUGCUAUUAUUGAUUCAUACCAUAAUGUCAGCUGAAACUCAAUGAGAUAUGCUGAAGAGCCAAUAUUAUAUUUUUGGCGAGUAUUAUACCCAAUCGGAGUGAUUGGCAUAGAUGAAAAUAAUUAAUUUAUGUAUGCAUUAAUUGUCAUACAUAUGUACCUCAGUCCCUUAGGAAAUUUUGUAACCUUUGAAUCAAAUAAACUCAAAAUGUAUCAGAGGCAUAACGAGUCAGCUUCUCAGACUUAAAGCUAGUCGAACCAAAGUAUUGAUGCACAGUGAGUAUGUUUCUCAUUUUAUGUGGGUAAGGUUGAAUAAAACAUGGUAACAAUAUUUUUGUUGGCUGUA